AUGGAUGCUUGGAAACUAGUUAACAAUCUUCUUACUGUUCGCAAUAGAUUGAGUAAAAGUGACGGUUCAAUAGAUGCAGAUGGAUUUAUUUACAGAAGUAUGAUUGGAUCACUAUUGUACUUGUCAGCCACUAAACCUAACAUCAUGUAUGCUACAAGUUUACUGUCAAGGUUUAUGCAAGCACUUUCUUUGCUGCAUUUCAAAGCUGUAAAAAGGAUUCUAAGGCAUAUAAAAGGGACAGUGGAGUAUGGUCUCAUGUACAGAGGAAAGGAUGGUAAUGAGCUACAAGGUUUUAGUGAUAGUGAUUGGGCAGGGGCUGUUGAUGACUCCAACAGCACUGGUGGUUUUUGA